AUGCAUGAACACGAUCUUCAGGAAGUUCUAGAUAAAGGCAUGCAUACUUUUGAUGAUUGGGGUUUGGUGAUUGAACGAUGGACUGAGAAACCUCUGCCGGGUUACCUUCAAUAUGUGUCAAUUUGGGUCAGUAUCAGCAACAUCCCAGUUAACCCCUACACCAAGAGAGCUAUUUCCGAUUUCGGAGAUCCCAUCGGCCAUGUCGAAGAAGUUGCUAUCGAUCCAGAUAAACCUCAAUCUCAAGACUAUGUCAGGGUUAAUAUCCACGUUCAUGUCUCCAAACCAUUGAAGAAAUCAAGAGUUCUAAAUCUUCCGGGUGGUGGUCAAACAACAAUCUUUUACUACUAUGAAAAAGUCAAGAAGCGUUGCUAUCAUUGUGAAAGACUAACGCAUGCAAAGGAUAGAUGCCCUUUCCUGGAACAUGCACAAAGCUCAGGUGAUUGUGCUACUAGUUGCAUACCUAUCUCUCAGCUUCCUCAAACCCAUCAGGUCCUAUCUGAAAAUGAUCCUCUGUUUGGGGUUUUGAAAGAAGAUCAAGUUGGUAUCAAUCCCUUAUCUGGCCGUCCACAGAUUGCCCCUGAAAUUCUUCAAGAAAUGCGUAACUACCUCCUUGCUUCAAGCUCUGAAGAUAUACAUGUCCGUGAACAGCGAGUAAUCGCCUCAGUUGAAGAAGCCGAGAAGAAUCCUAUCACUCAAAGAAAGGUUCUGCAACUCACUCCCCCUCUGGUAUUCACUUCAGACAUCAACAAAGGCAAAGGAGUUGUCUUUAGCUAUGAUAAAGAAGACAAGCUUAACCAUCCUCUUAUCUCAAGCUCUAAGCCAAAGCUUAUGGCCUCAGCAAUAUCUCCAGGACAGUCUCUUUUCAACUCUACAACCAAUUUCUAA